AUGAGUGGACAGUAUUUUGCCACCUACGUGGAAGACCUGGAGCAGGAUCCGUUUGAUGCCAUUGACUUUGUUGAACGGGUUGCGUGGCGAAUGACUGGCGGGGCAGAGACCAUCAGUGAUCCUGUGUCGUUGAAAAACAAGUUUGAGGAAAUAGGUCAGCUUUGCAAAAUGGCAUGCGAUCAGUUUCAGAGCAAAAUUUCCAUGCUGGAGCACGAGCUGAACAAGGACAAACGUGAAUACGUUAACCAGCUUCAACGAUUGUACGAGAGGAACGCUGAGGCCAUCGACAAAAUCAAGGUUCACCAACCGAGGCAACGGGCACAUGAUGCGCUUCAACUGAUUCAGCACUUCGAUGAAUUCCUCUCAGAUCAGCCUCUAAACUCAAUGAUUUUCACUGAUCCGGAUAAGCUUCUUGAAUCUGCUGAUUUGGUACAAAAACUAUAUUCGAUUUCACAGGAACUGUCUAAAGACAAGUUUCUCGCAGUACAAGCCAGAAUUGCGCACAGGUAUGAAGAGGUUGAACGGUUGCUUAUUGACGAAUUUGGACGUGCUCAGCGUGACGAGAAGAAAAUGGCUGAAGUUGCGAAAAUUCUCAGCGAAUUCAAGCUUGUGCGAACACACAAGCCGAAGAUAGAGGCCAUUUUUCCCAGUCCAACAGCUGUUGUGCAAAAACUGAUUCUGAGCUUAUAUACUGGAAGGCUCAAAGAUCAUAUUUAUGCGAAGUUACGGGAAUGCAAAGAAGGCGAGGAUAGAGAAGGUUAUUUAGUUGGACUGGCACAAUCGUAUUCAAGCAUUCUACGGCUUAACAAGGAACUCGAUGCCCUUCAUGUCAGUUCAGAUGCAUCUUUCUUACCAACUUUGACUCGCUCCAUAUUCGAUAGGUACUUUUUGGUUGAUCCACUUUGCGAAAAAUCUGAGGUUCCAAAACACAGCGAGAACAUAUUGGAUAUUCUCCUCAGAUAUCUAUAUGCGGAGCAUCUGGAUUAUGCUGUAGAAUUAGCCAUAUCUGGUAUUUCGCUAGCCGAACCUAAAAGUGCCCCACCCGCGUACUUUUUUGCUGUUGUUUCACAGAACACUACGAUAGUACUCUUAUUGAUGAAGCAGUAUGAAGAUUCUGUGCUUCCGCUGAUAAAAGGAACCGUUGUUGAACAGUGCGUGGCGAAAAAAUGGUCAUCGUCUCUGCGCUCGUUAGAGCAAAAGAUUAACAUGGGACUGGAGCGGCAGCUCAAUGCCAUAGUUGGAUAUGUCCGAUUCGUUCUCACAUCUGAACAAAAGAAAGCGGAUUUUCGUCCUGAUAAUCAGCAGAUCAAUUUACAGGCUUCUGCGCCCUGCCAGCAGGUUGUGCGUUUCUUAGCCAGCCAGGCGGCUGCUAUGGAACGCGGCUGUGACGGAGGCAAUCUGGUUGUGUUACAAACUGAGUUAGCAAAUCGGCUGUACAAAUUGUUACUCAACCACGUCCAACAGUUCACCUUCAACUCGGCUGGCGCCAUGCUGUUGCUCUGCGAUCUUAACGAGUAUCGAAAAUGUGUGUCACAAUGGCGAUUGGAGGCGAAUGUGUCCAGACAGUUCGAGAGCUUGCAUGCGCUGGCGAAUCUCCUCGUUGUGCUUCCCGACAAUCUUUCAGAUGCUGCUCAUAGUCCGAUGCUGGCAAGUUUUCUAGUAUACCAUUUUGUUACACCUCCCUUUGGAGCAUCACGAGCUAUUAUCCCAACGCGUGCUACAGGACAAUGA